GAUCGGCUCGCUCCCGGCGCACCUCUCGCCUCACAUGUUUGGAGGAUUUAAGUGCCCUGUAUGCUCAAAAUUUGUACCCUCAGAUGAAAUGGAUUUGCAUCUUGUGAUGUGUUUAACAAAGCCAAGAAUAACCUAUAAUGAGGAUGUGCUGAGUAAAGAUGCUGGGGAAUGUGCAAUAUGCCUUGAAGAAUUGCAGCAGGGAGAUACUAUAGCACGACUACCUUGCCUAUGCAUAUAUCAUAAAGGCUGCAUAGAUGAAUGGUUUGAAGUAAAUAGAUCUUGCCCUGAGCACCCUUCAGAUUAAGCAUCAGAUGCCUAUUCUAUAGGUUUUCUUGUCUUUUCACGAUGCUUGAAAAAUCUAAGAGGACUUGAGGAUCUGUCUCUGAAAAAUAAAAAUAUGGGCUUAUUCAGCCAGAAAUCUGAGUUCUAUGAGACUUGGUAAUAGAGAAAUGGACAAUCAUACAAGAAAAUAGCCCUGCUGAAGAGAGGACAGUAACCACAGAACUCAGUGUACCAAACUUGCAUAUAAGGGACACACAGGGAUUUUGAAAAUGCUGCACAUCCCUCAGUAGUCAUCUACAUAGUUAAUACUGAUCCACAUUUUGUAUUCAGACGCCAAAGUUAACUGAUUGAAAAGUUGAUUUACUUUUUAUUCAGUUUUCUAGAGCUGCGCAACUAGCUGUGUUUUGAUUUGUUCUGGGGUUUGGUUUUUUUUUUGGUUUUUUUUUUUUUUUAGUCUGGGAUCUGUUUCCCCCAACAUUCAUCUAUUCUUAAAUUUAAAACAACAUGAUUUACUUCUUAUAAACUAAAGUCUUAAAUGUGAAAACCAAGAAAUGUAAUCAAGCAGUAAAACACUCUCUGAAUGCAGACCA